CAACUUUCUCUCUCUAACCUCACCACCUUGCCUUUGUAAUCCUAUUCAUUCACUACCAUCCAGAUCAAAAACCUCAAGUAAACAAUCUUGGUUUUUGUGCUUGUUUUUCACCACCUUCUAUCAGCUAUCAAGGUUUGUGGUUGGAAGCUAUGGUGAGCAUUCGUCGACAAAGAUUGAUCAAGCUCUAUGGGCGAAGUCCUGCUCUGGAUGUUGUUUCAUCAUAUGGCAGCGCGCAAUCUCUUAGUUGGGUCCAGAAUAAUAGACAUUUCAACGUGCUUCCAACACCAUCAAUUGACCUUGAACAAUCCGCAGAGGAAGAGAAACAAAAAUCAGAAGAGCCUGAAUCCCCAAAAGUCAAUGGGUCAAAUUUAUCCAACACACAACAGAUUCAGCAUCCAGUGUUCAAACGGCGAAAACGACACAGAAGAAAGAACUUUGAAAAUCAAGAAGCUUGCAUUAUGAGAGGGGUAUACUACAAAAACAUGAAAUGGCAAGCUGCCAUUAAAGUGGACAAGAAACAAAUCCAUUUAGGAACAGUUGGCUCCCAAGAAGAAGCUGCUCGUUUGUAUGACAGGGCUGCUUUCUUGUGCGGUAGAGAACCCAACUAUGAGCUUACAGUUGAGGCAAAGGAAGAACUUAGUAAACUGAGUUGGGAUGAUUUUUUAACCAUGACUCGAGCUGCAAUCAACAGCAAAAAGCAUCAGCGAAGGGUGAGUUCCCGAAUGAUGUUUGAGUACCCGGGAUCACAACACAACAAUGGCCAGAAAACUGAGGUUGAUGGAAGAAAUAGCUUCUCUGAGUCUGAUGGCAUAGAGGCUUCAGCCUCUUGAUGAUGCAUUUUUGCCGCAAGUCUUUGGUUAUAAUGAACAUUUUAGAAGUGUAACAUAAACACAGCCGUUGUGCCAUCUCAUCAUAACGGUGUAGUGGCUAUCAAGUUACUUAGCUUGCAGGGUAUCACGUCUGGGGUUCUCUCGAGUCCGCAGUAUCAGGAAUAAUUCGAUAAGUGGGCUAUUCAUAGAAAAAGUCAUGUCGUAUAACUGUAUAAGUCCAGAUUUCAUGAUUUUCUUGUUAUAACUAGGUAAGAGGAUAUGGUAUGACUGGUUGUGUUAAUAUUGUUCAUUUAAAGGACAUUAUUUAUGUAGAUGUAUUCUCUAGGAACA